UUUAUAGGGCAACUGUUGAAUAUAUUUCAGGAAAAGAUCAGACUCAGUCACCAAAAGGCUGCCAAACUCCACAGGAGUCAUUUUUAAAUAUGUUGGAAGCCAUUGAGCCAUCACACUCAACAUCAGGGUCUGACACCAUUACAGUAGAUCGGAACCCACUGUCUGAACAUGAUAAUAUCACAGCGCUGAAUCUAUCAAGUGACAGGGGACUUGUAACAGGCAGCAACACUGUUGGACCACCACCACCCUAUGGGUUUACCAAAGAGGGAACCAUCGGUCCAUCACCCUACAGCGGCAAUACAGCCAUACCAUCACCGUAUGGUCUCCACAUCAAUUGUCAAUUUCCCUAUGGAGGCCAUACAUCUAGCCUACCACCGUAUGGCCUCAACAUCAAAGGUCCAUCUCCCUACGAAGGCCAUGCAUCCUGCCCAUCACUGCAUGACUUCAACACCGCUGGCCCAUCACCAAAUGUCUACAACACCUCUGGUCCUUCACCCGGCGUACACAAUAGCUUGCCAGCUAGCAGGGUGAAUCCACCUGAUAAUGAAAACCCAGCUUUCCUGGCACCAGACAGGAGAGAUGCAGGCAACCCAUCUGUUGAGGACACUAUCUCAUAUCGACCGCAGGCAGAAAAAUCAUGGACGCCAUGUGAUGGAUGUAGGGAGGAGUUCGAAAAAAUCCUGCGAGAAAAGCAAAGAAUCGAAGAAGUCCUCUUGAAAAUAGAUCCAGGCCAAGUCAGAGUACUCCAAACUCUCUGCGACCUCGUUGUAGACAAAUACAGCGAGGGCCCUCCUCAACAAUUGGGCCAGCAGGAGCUCUUUCCUGAGAGCGGCGUAUUCAUAUCAUCGUUCCGCCUUGCUGCCAUGAGUCAUGCUUCAAAGCCCAAUUUUGAGGAGUGUCAAAAUGCUGUCCCUUUUGGUCGCCCUGGAAACAAACCUCCAGGAACAGGAAAGCGCAUCCUUGACCGGAAAAAAGUUGAAGGAAUCCUAAUGGGCCGCUACAGUGAAAACUCCACGGCUGCAACCAGUGACAACUUCUGGCUGCAACAGACCUGCCAUCCCUGCAGAGAAGCUGACGCCAUCUCAUCCGAGAUCCAGCUACCAACCUGUUACCAGCCAACUGACUCCAUUUGCACCCACAUCCUGCACAGGCAAGAUUAA